GAAAAUGUUUAAGUCAAACAGCUGUGGAUGUGUAUACUGUGCUGGUUGAGCGUACAAUUACUUUAAAUAAUAACAAGUGGUAUUAUACUGAGUAGCUUUACUGUAUUCACUGCAGUGAUAGACCUAUUGAAUGCAAAUAUCAUAUUAUGAUUUUCAUACUUUCAGAGCUGUACCUGACAAUUUACAGGUAGCUCAGUAUAUGUAUAUGGUUCAGUAGCUACGUAAUAUUGACAUGAUGUAUUGUAAUAUCAAAAUUAUAUAUAUUAUAUAUCUAAGAUAAGCCAUCGCUAUGUAUAAUACACCGUAGCUAUUGGAAUAUUUAUAGACUGACGUGCUAAGUAGUUUUAUAGUUAUAUAUUAACAGCAUUUAUCAAAUUCAAUUACCAGACAUAUUUUAUGCAAAUUAUAUUUUAAUUGAAGUGUCGCCGCUUCGUUUGUAUGAGAAACAUGACACUGGAAUAUACUCUACACACCUUAAUACCAAAUUUCAUAAGAAUAACAAUGUGAUAGUUAUAUUAUUAAAUGUAUCGUGUUGUAACAAAAUAUCAGGAAGAUAUAUGACCCAAGCUAACAUUUACCACAAAAUGGCGGAUGAUGCUACGGAAACGACUAGGCUAUUACCUAACAUUAAAGACGAUAAAAACGACAAUGAUAGUGUCGAAUCACCACCAAACAUUCAAGAUGAUAAUAGAAAUGUUGAUAUCCAGUCACCAGAAAGGGAAAAAACCGAAAACCCUGAUGAAUCGACUAGGCCAUCACUAAACAUUCAAGUUGGAGAAUUAAACGACAAUGUUGGUGUCCCAUCACCAAAAAUGGAAAAUACAUCGGCUACGCCUCUGCCAAACAUUCAAGAUGAUAAUAGAAAUGUGGAAUUAAAUAACAUUGUUCGGUCACCAGAAAUACUUCAAGAGAGGGACAAUGUUGAUAUCCCACCACCUCAGCCAAACAGUCAAGAUGAUAAUAGAAUUGUGGAAUCAAACAACAUUGCUGGGUCACCAGAAAUACUUCAAGAGAGGGACGAUAUUGAAAACUCCAUUUCGAAUAUGCAAAGUUUGAUGAUUCUAAUAAAAGGGAAUAUAGGAACGGGGAUAUUAGCUAUGCCGGUUGCUGUUGGCAACGCUGGAUUAUGGGUGGGAACUGUGGGAAUACUGUUAAUAGGUGUUAUAGCCACACACUGUAUGCAUCUACUUGUCAAGUGUAAUCGUAUCUUGUGCAAAAGAUAUAUGACCCAAGCUAACAUUUACCACAAUUUGGCGGGUGAUUCACGUGAUGCUACGGAAACGACUAGGCUAGUACCACCAAACAUUCAAGUUGAUAACCAGAUUUCGCCGGGUGCUGGUCCCUUGGAUUAUGCUGAUGUCAUGGAAAAAGCUUUAUCCACAGGUCCAGAAAGACUUCAAAAAUUCUCAAAAAUAGCCAGAUAUAUAGUUUUAACAUUUAUCAUUAUAACACAAUGUGGUGGUUGUAGUGUUUAUGUUGUCUUUAUUUCUACAAAUAUCAAACAGGUCAUCAAUCAAUUUUAUCCCAACGACCCAAGUAUUAGAAUUUAUGAAGUUGCAGUCGCCACCAUUUUGUUGCCAUAUUUCUUUGUGAAGAAGGAGUUAAAGUCUUUAUCAGGGUUUUCAAGUUUUGCUAACCUUGUUACAGCCACAGGCCUGCUUAUAAUAAUAUAUCACGUGACACAAGGAUUACCAAACGUCGAUUCAAGACCAGCAUUUACUGGAUGGAGUCAUCUGCCUUUAUAUUUUGGAACAGCUCUCUUCGCUUUUGAAGGAAUAAACUUGGUUUUACCAACAGUAAAUAAAAUGCGUCAUCCGCCAGCAUUUGGUGGACUGCGUGGCGUUUUGAAUCGUGGCAUGGUUACCGUUUCCUGUCUCUAUACAGCAGUUGGUUUCCUUGGUUAUCUGAAAUAUGGCGAUGACGCUAAAGGCAGCAUAACUCUCAAUUUACCAAAUGACCAAUGGUUAUAUUUAUCAGUAAAGUUAAUGUUUGCUCUGUGUAUUGCUAUAUCUUAUGGUGUCCAGAUGUACGUUCCUGCUGAACUUCUGCUACCAUUCUUUAAUUCUAAAUAUGAAAACACAAGGUUUGAGAGAUUUGGGGAAUAUUUUGUUCGUACUGGACUGGUACUCAUUACCUUUAUCUGUGCUGCUGCUGUUCCAGAUUUGGAGUUAUUGAUAUCUUUAAUUGGUGCGUUUUCAGUCAGUUCUCUGGCUAUCAUUAUGCCAGCAACGAUAGAGGUGAUUACAUUAACAGCUGAAAAUGAAACCUUACCCAAGUGGAUUCUUGUUAAAGACGUGUUAUUGGUACUCUUGGGAAUUCUCAGCUUGCUGACUGGAACUUAUACUUCUAUAAAAGCAAUUAUAGAAACAUAUUAAACUCAUGUAGAACUGUAUUUGUGAUAUUUGUAACAAUUUUUAGACCUAACGUUUGAUCACCAGUAAAUGAAGUAGUGUAGUAGGGUGAAUUUUGACCCAAUAGUAAAUGUUUAAUACGUCGUGCCAAUCCGCACAGUAUAUUUCAGUAAACUUUAUUUGAAUGGAUCUUAAUGCAGCUUAAUUUCCCCCAUUUUUAUCUAUUUCAUAUUGUCUUACAUAUUUCCUUAAUCACCUGUCUCCAGUAUUCUUUGUUUUACACUUUAAAUUGAUCUUAUAAAUUUUAAUUAACGUCUACGGGCUAAGGCGUGUUAGUUACCAUGGUAUAUUUAAACCCAAAUGAGUGAGAUCAACUUAAGAUCACAUUCCUAAGGAUAGACCUUAUUCCCAUAUUGAAGUUUAUCUACUAUUUAGCAUUGAACCAAUAUUUGUUACAUUAAUUGUGUGCUGAAAUUCAUGUCGAUUAUUUAUUAACCAAAGAAUAUAGUAAUGUUAACAACCAACAAGAGCCCUGUCUUUACUUAUUCAACAACGAAGAUUAGAAAAAAUACACAAAAAUUACGCUUGUGCAUUAAUCGUGUUUGUGAUGAACGUCCUUUUUCGAUGCUUUCAAUUUUAUUAUAUUUCGUUUCAAAUUCUUCGUUAACUAUUUGUCAAAGUCCAUUCCAAAUUUUGUAUGGUACCAGUAGUGUAAAAAACAAGGGCCAAAGCUAUUUUUAGUCUUCCUCUCCCUUUUCCUUUUUCCCCCUUUUGCAUGGCGAUUUUUGUUGACUUUUUGGUGUAGAAUUGAGGAAAAGGGUUUGAAAAUACAUUUUCUGCCAGGUUUUGGUGAAUAUUCAUAAUUUUGAUGCGGAAGGAUACAAGAGUUGAGAGUUUGGUUACGUUGAAAUGUAGGGCCUGAAAUUGCAUGUUUAUUUGUCUCUACUUCCAGCUUGUGUAUCUCAAGUUUUUCAUGAAGAACCUCAUACGUGCUUUUGGGCAAGUGGUUGCCACAUGUUGCUCCAUCUGUGGUAGAAAGCGCUCUACCCAACGAAAAUUUGGGAAAAAGUUAGAGCCGGUCUAAGAUACGAGAAUUAACAUUGGAGUCAAUGGGAAAUCUUUAGUGAUCUGUAUCCAUUUGACGUAAAGUCCAUUGCCCAUGCGUAACCGGGAGUUUGGUUUUUAAUGUGGUUGGACACAGAUCACUAAAGA